GAUGGAAGAAGCAGCGCGCAUGGGCGGAGCCGACGAGGAAGAAGUCGCGGUCUUCACCUUUGGCCAGAACUCGUACGGCGAGCUCGGCCAUGGCGACACGACGACGCGCUUUGUGCCCACGAAGCUCGAGUUUGCCGUCGGCAAGAACAUUGUCGACGUCGCCUGCGGCAACGAGAACACCGUGCUACUCUGCAGCAACGGCGACGUCUACGCCUGCGGCUACAACGACAGCGGCCAGUGCGGCGUUGGCACUGCCCAGCGCAUCACAUCCUUCAAGGCGCUCAUGGCACUGUGCGAAAAGCAAGUCGUCAAGCUUAGCGCUGGCAAUGGCUGCGAACACGUCGUUGCCGUCACAGAGUCCGGCGACGUCUAUACGUUUGGCUACAAUGCACGGGGCCAGCUCGGUCACGGCAACACGCAGCCCGUUGCUGUGCCGACGCUCGUCGAUGGUCUCGUCGGCAAGAGCGUGCUUAAAGUGUCUUGCAGCUACUUUCACACGAUCGCAGUGACCGACGACAACGGCAUGUACGCGUUCGGCCGCAACGAUUUCGGGCAGCUGGGCAUUCCGGACGCGCUCGACAAGCAAGUACCGACGCCAAUUCCGUUUUUUAGCCGCCAAAAAGUCCUCUCGGUCGCCUGCGGGCAGUACCACAGCGUCGUUGCGCUCGCGGGUGGCGGUGUCUAUGCUUUUGGCAAGAACGAUUUCGGGCAGCUCGGGAUCGAGGCGCCCGGUGUGAAAGCGUCGCCUGUCCGCAUCAGUGCGCCCUUGGACACGGACGUUGUCGUGCACGUCGCGUGCGGCUACUACCACACGAUGGCACUCACCCAAGCCGGCAAGCUUUACGCGUUCGGCCGCAACGACUUUGGCCAGCUCGGUCUCGGGCACAAGCAAAACAUGUACCGUCCCACGCUUGUCGCGACGCUGAGCGAGUUUACAAUCAUCGACGUUGCGUGCGGCUGCUACCACACGCUGGCGCUGCGCGACAACGGCGUCGUGUACCCGUUCGGCCGCAACAACCACGGACAGCUCGGCACCGACAACAACGUGGAUACGGCGCUUCCGACGUACAUUGAAGCGCUUCGAGACGUCCGUGUCCGCAAGAUUGCAGCCGGGUUUUACCACACGGUCUGUGUCACCGGUCCAAUCCAGCGGGCUCUCGCGCCGGUAGUGCGCAACUCGCUCGGGCGGAACCUCCACGCGCUUUUGAACAAUCCGAGUCGGAGUGACGUGACGUUUCUCGUGGACGACCUCCCGGCGUACGCGCACCGGUGCAUUCUCAUGGUGCGCUGCGAGCCACUGGAUGCGAUGCUCAAUGGCAGCAUGCGCGAGAGCACGGCGACCGAGAUUGUGAUUCCCCACACCCGCCAUCCGGUGUUUGUCGCGAUGCUCGAGUACAUUUACACGGACACGGUCGUCGCGCUCGAGUACCCCGCGGCACUCGACAUUGAGUUUGUGCUGGAGCUCAUGGCGCUCGCCGACCAAUUCCUUCUCGACAACCUCAAGCUCAAGUGCGAGUGGGCGAUUCAAAAGAGCAUCGACCCAAGCAACAUUACCAAACUGCUCGAGACGGCGUACUUUCAACAAGCGCAGUACCUCAAGAAAUGCUGCAUCGACUUUGUCUUGGCCAAUUUUGGCCUCGUCAUUGCCGACCCGCGCUUUGUCGAGCUGCCACCGGACGUCAUGCAGGAGAUCCUUAUCGCUGCCUCCCGCCGCGGCGUCAUCAUCAAGCCCAUGUGACCGAGUACGGAACCACGUGCAUCAUUUUUCGUCUACAAUUAUACCACUUGUCUU